CUCCUCUCCCUCUCUCGCCCCCCUGGCCGCCAGGCAGCGGACUCCCACCAUUUGGUUCAAGGUAAACCGGGGCAGGCUGGAACAACAACGCUCUCACAGCGGGACGGGGAGCAGCGGACACCACGAUUGUGUGUUGUGAGUGGAGAUCCUGUCAUCGUCAGCUGACACGUCGGACACGGCGACCGGCGUCAGACGAGGCCCAAUGGAAACGUGCAAGACCUUCGUUGUGGUGGUGGCCCUUUUAGGAGUUGUUGCUGUCAGCGACGGUGCCAUUCAAAGACCUGACUAUGAUGACACAUCUUACCCCGAGUUCCUCAACCCGUCUUGGAUGGCGGGCGUCCCGGACAGCUGGCCGCUGUCCGAGGUCACUCUGCCCGGCACCCACAACACCAUGGCUCUAUACGGCGGGGCCCUUGCUGAAUGCCAGUCCUGGAGCCUCGCCUCCCAGCUCCUCGCCGGUGUGCGCUUCCUAGACAUCCGUGUGAGACGUGUUAAGGGCAACCUGACCAUCCACCACGGCGUGUCCUACCAGCGGGCGCACUUCGGACACGUGCUGGAGGGAGUGGCCAACUUCCUGAGCGAGCACCCCAGCGAGACGGUGCUCAUGCGUCUGAAGGAGGAGUUCAGCGAGACAUUCGAUAUCUACGGCGCCGUAGUGAGCUACAUCCACCGCUACGCCCACUGGGGCCUGCUGUGGCAAAGCCGGCUGACGCCCACCAUGGGCGAGGCGAGGGGGAAACUCAUCAUUCUGCAAGACUUCCCCGGACCGGACUUGGGGAUGCGCUACGGUUCCCUUGACAUAGCCGAUGACUGGAAGGUUCCCACUCUUCUCCACGUGGAGGAAAAAUGGCAAAGUGUCCACGAGCACCUGGAGGCCGCAGCAGCAGGAAACAAAGCCCAGAUUUUCCUCACCUAUGCCAGCGGAGCUGGCAUCUUCGCCUACCCCAACGCCAUCGCUCAGCGCAUCAACGCCCGCCUCUACGAUUACCUGAUCGCCAGGAUGGGCCAGAAUCAACGCUUCGGGAUCAUUACCCUAGACUUCCCUGCUGCCGCUAUCAUUCAAAUGAUCAUUGACUUCAACUAACAGAUCCGUUAACGUAGUUCCGACCAAGGCAGGCCAAUUCGAAGUAAUAUUAAUAUGUCACAGUAAUAAUCACACGUUCGCAAGAAAACAUACUUUUGUUUUUCAGACCAGAGGGCUUUUCGUUCCAUCCCUUCACUUUUGUUGAAUUAUUAGCACUCAUCGCAGCCUAAAUCAUGCACAUGUACUGCAGUAAUGCUAAGGGAAUUGUGGACGAGUCAACAAGACUACCAUCAAUAUGUACCUCUGCUCUUAGAGCAACAAAAUGAAGACCAAGGAAGUACCUGUGUAAACAGGUUUUCACCUUUUGGGAAGUGCACAUGGUGUCACAAAACACCAACUCAACUCAGAAAAGAAGCAAAUUGACUUCAAUAUUCUGGCAGUGGUGUCACUUCAAAUUUGAUGAAUGUUAAGACAGUAGCAAACAGUGAGAUCGCAGUACAAACCCCCAAUACUAGGGACUCACAAUCCUGCAGCUCUGCGGCAGUGGUAACGAUACAGGGAUAGGACGAACACACGUCAGAUAUGUGCCGUUAUAGGAUACGACUGCAGAAAUUAAUGCUUCGUGUGAGACAUCCCUUCAGCCAGAGGUUUAGGACUGAUCAGAUGAAGGCAAAAAAUCAAAUCAAAAGCCAAUUUUUAAAACCAUGCCCAUUAAAAACAAGCUG